ACUCCCUGAAAACGUUUCACAUUACAUUGUCAGGAACAUAGUUUGUUCAUAUAGACUUGAGCUGCUCUCUGGUAGAUUUAACAACAAGACCCUAUUGACAUUGCCUGUGAUUUUGAGCAGAAGGCCUCUCUACCAGCCAGAGGACACAAUUCCAGGAGGACACUAAGAUUUCAGCAAUUGGGAAACUCACAAAAGUUAGAAAAUAUGCCUCCAAGUUUGACAGCUGCACUGCAAGAGUGGGAAAGUCUAGAGAAAGAGUAUCAUCAGAUUCAGGAGAGCCACCGGCUAUACUUGCAGAAACUAGAGGAAGUUUCCAAGCUGCAGAGUAAUUGCUCUUCGUCUAUCGCCCGCCAGCGGAGUAGACUUAAGGACAUGUCUCAGUUAAUGAAGAAAUGCAAUAAGGAGAGACUGACAGAGGAGGAUGUAAAAACCUUGGAUGAAAUCAAGGAGCACAUCAAAGCAAGACCCAACACUUUCUUUGAAAUGGAGGCUUUCCUUCCAAAGAAAAAUGGGUUGUAUCUCAAUCUUGUUCUGGGCAAUGUAAGCGUGACUCUUCUGAGCAAACAGUCAAAAUUUGCCUACAAAGAUGAAUAUGAGAAAUUCAAGCUGUACCUCACAGUUAUACUGCUCCUAUUCGCCUUCAUGUGUUAUUGCUUUGUGAGCUACAGAUUUGUUGACGCAAUCCUCAAUUUCUUGCUGGUGUGGUACUACUGCACCCUCACCGUACGGGAGAGCAUCCUCAUCAGCAACGGGUCCAGGAUCAAAGGCUGGUGGGUUUUCCACCAUUACGUCUCAGCCUUUCUGUCCGGAGUCAUGCUGACAUGGUGAGCAAACUCAGGAAGCGCUUGUUGCCAAUAGUUGAUCACACACCAACCACACUGUAGGUUU